AGAAGAAGAAGAAGAAAAGAAAAGAAUAUCAGUUUGUCAUUAAAUACCAAGACGGCCAUUCCGUGGCAGAGAAGACAAAAGAGGGAGAGAGGGAGAAGCAAAGGAUAAAGAUGGUAGCUCGCAAAUUCGUCGUUCGCUACAGCGACUCCACCUUCGACGUCGACUACGACACCGACGACGGCUUCGAAGUUUUCAAAUUCCAGCUUUUCUCCCUCACUUCAAUUCCUCCCGAUGACCAGAAGAUCAUUGGAGGAGAUGAUGAUCGUGUUGUAUCAGACGACUCUGAUCUCGUCUCCAUUUCUAACCAGCUCAAAUUGGUAUCAAUUGAUGAAAAGGACGAGAGCCGAUUGGUAUCAAUCGAUGAAGAGGAAUCCACCACUAGUAAUGGCUCUGUAGCACAGGACAAUGCCAAUUCGUUGGUAUCGGAUGAGGAAUUGGCACGAAUGCUGCAGGCAGAGGAAGAGGCGCUAAUGCUGCAGCAGUUUGCUGUGAGCGGACAGAGCGAAGAAUUUGAGCAGAUAAUACAGCCUUACAUCAGUAAAGUCCUAAUGUAUGAAGACCCAGCGCGCCAGGAGGCAGCGCGAAAAACAGUUCCUGUAGAAGAGCUUGAGGAGAAGGCAUUGGUUUCUUUGGCCAAGGAGGGGAACUUUAAACCAUCAAAAAUUGAAAAAGACCAUGCUUUCCUGCUGCAGCUGCUUUUCUGGUUCAAAGAAUCUUUCAGGUGGGUUAACGCACCACCUUGUGAUAGUUGUGGCAAUGAUACCAUUAAUCAAGGAAUGGGUGUUACUCUUCCUUCUGAAAGUCAAUAUGGAGCAAGUCGAGUUGAACUUUAUCACUGCAAUUCUUGUUCCAGAAUCACUCGAUUCCCACGUUACAAUGAUCCAUUAAAGCUCGUAGAAACUAGAAGGGGCCGUUGUGGGGAGUGGGCCAAUUGCUUUACACUUUACUGUCGAGCUUUUGGCUAUGAAUCUCGUUUGAUCCUGGAUUUUACUGAUCAUCUUUGGACGGAGUGCUUCUCUCAAGUUUUGGGAAGAUGGAUGCAUCUUGACCCUUGUGACCGAGUAUAUGACAGACCAUUGUUAUAUGAAAAGGGGUGGGAUGAGAAAUUGAAUUAUGUAAUUGCAAUUGCAAAAGAUGGAGUUUAUGAUGUCACUAAGCGUUAUACAAGGAAGUGGCUUGAGGUUUUGUCUCGACGAAACAUUAUCAGAGAGACAGAUUUAUCUGCUACUCUCACUAAUAUGACAAGAGACUGCCGAAAAAGUUUUACAUCUCUGAUUUGUUCCAUGCUUGAAGACCGUGACAAGAAUGAAUUAGAAGAACUUGAGAAAGGUUUACAUUCCAAAGACGAUGCUUCAAUCUCUUUACCUGGAAGACAAAGCGGGGAUAAGGAAUGGCGCAUUUCCAGAUCUGAAAUUGGUUCUAAUGAAGAUUCCUCUUUAAGUUGCUCUUCUUGUCCUGUUCGUCUGUGCGUAGAUGUGCACGUGACAAGCAUUUACAAUGCAUUUUUCCCUGUUCUUUCUCAGUUCAUUGAGAAUUCUCUUUCUAAUUCUAGAACUGUUGAAAUACUGAAGAUCUUUAAAGAAAUUUUGGUGGAGCUCAAGAAUUCCUCCUACGAAAAAAGGACGAUUUCCGUAAAUCCUUUUGUGCUUCAUUUGCUGCCUUAUUUUGAUCAGUUACUUAAUGCCCUUUCACUAAAGAGUGAGAUAGACACUGAUGAAAAAGUGAACAUCUGUUUGGCUGGUGACCCUGUGAAAACCUCUUUAGCACUGCCUGUUGUGCUGGAUGCUUUGGAUGAUGUGAUUGUCAACCUUAACAACUGUAGUAACCUAAGCAAAGCUUCCCUUUCGUUGCCAUUGAUGAGAUUGAACAGAAUCCAUUCUGGUUCAGUUCUUGCAAGUGGCGAGGAACUUCCUUUUGGAAUUUCCACAUCAGCAUUUGAUGGACUACGUGCAACUAAAUGGGAAGAACCAAAUGGUGCAAAAGGUUGUUGGAUCGUGUAUAAGUUACCAGACAACCAAAUGCAUGAACUAGUGGCAUAUGAUUUAAUGUCAGCUAAUGAUGCACCGGAGAGGGAUCCAAUGGAUUGGGUUCUUGAGGGAAGUGAUGAUGGGGGAUCCAGUUGGCGAAUUUUGGAUAAACAGAUUUCUCAGGCUUUUGGAAAUCGUUUUCAGCGUAGAUCAUUCAAAAUUAAAUCAGGAGGUUUCUUCUGUAAUGCAUUCAGGUUCCGGUUUCUAGCAGUCAAAGACGUGCAAUCAAAUUCACGGCUGCAGUUGGGUAGCAUUGACCUGUAUUCAAGCAACUCAUCCUUGUAGAGCCCAAUCAUCAACCUCAUUGGAUGAUGACUGACAACUUCUAUAGUGUAAUUAUUUCCUUCCUAUUAUCAUUUAAAUGUUGCUUCAAACAAAGCAAAUGAAAUCUAGCAUUUCUGUUAGCCUUCAUGUGCGGCAUAAUUGCCAGGCCUUUGAGAGGCCGUAUACAAAAACCAUACGUAAAGGGGCUGCUUUUUAAAUUGUGUAACAGUUUGUUUUGUAUGAAAGAUUUUAUUUUAACA